GUUGAGACAGAGAUGGAGGACUGAGAUCUUUCCCCUUUGCUACAAGCUGGGCAAGGCUGGAGUGGGACAAAACAGGUCUCUCUGGUACCAGAGGACACUGCCACUCUGCUCUGAGCAGGCUGCCAUUCCCCUGUUGGAAAUACCAGACGGAUUAAGGGUAGUAUGAGAAGCACCUGGCGGACCCACAGUGGGACUGCUAGAGUUCAGUGGGCAACACAGCCCAGCUGUGACAGGCACCAUGAGAGCUGGUGCCAGGGACCGCCCACGUGGCUCUAUAAGGCACUGGCUGCAGCUGGAGCUGCACCUUGGGGCUAUGGCUCUGCCCCAGGGAGUGCUGAGCUAACCCAGCUGCUCCUCUGCCUGCUUGGUCUGGAGUAGCUAAGUGCAGGCAGGUGAGAGCUUUCCUUCUCUCUGGAGAGACUGCCAUGGGAGAAUGGUUUGCAGGAUCAGCUGGGAUCUGCUGGGCACAGGCUCUGCAAGUGCUGGCUGACUCGGAGUCGCUGGACGGCUGCAUUCAGAGCACGUUAUCAACACUCUACCCUCCGUUUGAGGCUACCGCAGCCACUGUUCUGUGCCAAGUUUUUGAUGUGGUGGAGAAGACGUACCGUGGGGAUGGACUGCGCUACCUCAUAGACUUCCUGAUUCCAGCCAAGCACAUCCUGCAGUGCAUUCAGCAGGAUGCCUGUGCUCAGUACUGCGGGUUGCUGUUCCGCCACGCGGGCUGGCCCCUGUGUAUCCACGAGAAGAUUGUAAUCCAGCUGGCUUCCAUUGACUGGCGAGUCUUGGAGCCUGGUGACUUCUACCUGCAGGUGGUCCCCCAUGAGAAGAAGUCUCCACGAAUUGUAUUGAAAUGUUUGGCAAAAGACAAGCAUAAUGUAGAGGAAGUGGUGAUUCCAGAAGUUUCAUAUACCUCUAUUUUUACUCUGGAAUGGCUGAGUACGUUCAAUGGAGAGCGGAUGGGUAUAGCACUGGAAAAUUGUUUACUAACCACUGAUGAUAAAAUAUUUCGUAUCCCCUGGGAUAAAGUGGUUAAUCCUGAGUUUAUAAACAAACCAAAAAUAAUUGAAAACAGUAUCAUCUCUCCAGAAAUAACAGAGGAGCGUUCCAUUUUGUGCCUCCCCACUGAGCACAGUUCACCAGACCUGGGCUCUCAGUAUCUGCAGGAACAACAUACAAAUCGAGACAACCUGGUCAUUAGCAGCACAGCUCCACAGUUAAGUGGGGCUCUUGUCAAUGGUGUCUGUACCAGUCCUGUGCCUCAAGAGAACUUGACAAGUGACCUUGAAGGGGAGUACGUUGAGCUGGCAGAAGUUUCGCUGCCCAGGUUUGGGUCACAAACAGGCUCUUUAACCCAAUCGCUGGCUUUAAAUUAUCUAACUCAGCCCAGAGCACGAGUGAAUGAGUCUAAAGGCAAGCACAGGUUUCUUGUCAUACAAGACAGCACCUACUCCAAGAACUUAAUUCAGUCAGCACUUAUGCAGAAGGAGCACUGUCAAAUGGACACUCUGAGCACUCCUAGAGAAGUUCUCAAAAAUGUCAUUCCGUUAGAAAGCAGCAAAAUGAUGGCACAUGGAGAACUGUCUCCAGAAGGUCAGCUGAUAUCAGUUGGUCCUGGAAACAUGGGGAGUAAUUUUCCUGUGUCUGAGUCUCGUGCUUGCAGCACAGAAGGCUCAUCUGCAGAGCAGGAGCCGGGCAGUGAACACUCGCUGGAUUGGCGCUAUGCACUGUGCAGCUACAGCGACGCGUGUGCUGGAGAUGGUGUCGGCUGCAAAGCACAAACACCUGGUGCUCCGGGAAACACAGAGGGAGAAAGUGAUGGACCCGGCAGAAAUGCUGCUGUUGAAACAUCUGAGCAGAGCCCAGAAACAAUUCUGAAUGCUACUGCUGCUGAAGAGGGUCAAAGUGAACCAGCAGAGGUGGACGCCUCUCCUGUGUCUGUCCCAGGGCCUUUGGGACCACGCUGCACACUGAGGGAAGGUUCUGAUGUCUCGUGCCAGAAUGUCAGUGAAAGUGUUGUGCCAGUUCAGGCCACUGCAUUGCCAGAGAGUUCAGAUGUAUGUGUGGGGAGAGGCUCUCCUUCAGAGAAUGUGGCAGAUGUAGGUUCUUGCUGCAGCGAUACAGAAGCAAAUCUCAGUUCUCCAUUAAAUUCUCCAGAAAAGAAGCAAAGAGAAGCAGGUGAAUUUGAGGUGGGAAGAAGGGAUAGCCGAGAAGAAGUCAGAGAGAUUAAAGAGGUUUUGACAGCAAAUGAAAACCAAACUAGUCAUAGUCACUGUUCUGUCAAAGCUUCUACAGAUGAACCUCUGUCAGAUGGUGAAAAGCAAGAGCAUAAGGAGGCUGAAGAAUCCAUACUACUUCAAACUGCUCUGUCAGAGGGGGGUCAGAUGACAGAACAAUUAAAUAACAGUGACUCUUUGGACCCUGAUCCACAAACAGAAGACUCAAGUCAAUUCAAAACCCAGAGUUCUGGAGAGAAGUCUGAGGAACCACAAAGACUGGUGGAAAACCAGGGCCGUGAAAGUGAAGAGAGCUCUGUGCUGAACACAGAGUGUGUUGCAGUGCAGGACUCGCCGGGAAGGGAGGAGAACCAGGGAAGUUUUUCUUAUGGGGAAAAGCCAAAGACCGUAGCCUCAAAAACACUGGAAUCCAUUGAAGAGGAACUGGAGGUUGGACCACUGUCCUCAGGACCUGCUGAGGGACAUACAGAGCCCAGUGCUCUGCAGUCCCACCCAGAGGCAGCUUCUGGGACAUCAUCUCCUAAAGGGAUGGUGUCAGAAGGGACAGAGCUGGGAAAAGAAGCAGCUGGCACAGAUGUGUUGAAACCAGCGAGUAAAGUCAGUGCCCCGGAGGAAACUUCAACACCAAUUACUCCCCCUACAUCCCCGACUUCUGGAACUGCCUGGGGUGGUCACUUUGCACCUACCAUAGUCAAGGAUGUGAACCCAGAAGUGCUCAGGAGUGGAGUUGCCUACCUGCCUGGUACGAGAGAUAAAUCGGGGCGUGCAGUGGCCAUAAUAACGACGAGGAACACGGCCUGGCUGAACCCCCACUGCAACACCACUGAGCUUGUGCGCCUGCUCCUGUACCUGCACAGCAUCCCCAGACCAGAGUGUCAGGCUUUGGGUCUAACUGUUCUUGUGGAUGCUCGUCGCUGUUCCCCGGUUCCUGCUCUCUUCAAGGCGUUCAGCAUAUUGCAGGACAUGGAUCCUCCUUGCAUUCAUGGGGUACUGCUUCUGGUUGAAAGAGAUCUGACUUUUCGGAUGGAGAAGCCACCAGCGAGACAGUUUGAACUCCUCACCUCCAUGAAAUCCCUCCAUAAGCACAUAGAGAGCUCACAGCUGCCUCUAGAACUGGAUGGGACCUUCCCCUACUGCCACCGGGACUGGCUGAGCUUCCGCAUGAAGCUGGAACACUUGCUACAAGGAUGCCAAGGUGCUUGUGCCUUCCUUCAGGGAGCUAUUCAUAAAGUGGAAUCUGGAAAAUUACCAGAAAAAGCUGAGGAUGCAGCUGUGCUGCUGAGGACCUACAGGCAGUUGAUGAAGAACGUUCUUGAAGACACACGGCUGGUCAGGCUGCAGCUGGAGGGUGGAGCACUCCUGGCCAGGCUGAGGAAGGAGGAGUCUUGUGUCACCCUCACCCAUGACUACAGAGAUGCCCUGGAUGCUGCCAGCGUGCUCUAUAAUCGAGUUGAUGAGGGCGUUCACCGACUGGUGAUGUUGUCAAACAAGCGCAUCCAGGAACUGGAGCUGGUGAUGGAGUUUGAGAAAGUGGAAGAGUGUUUUAAGGAGGUCAGCAGUUGGAUUGAGAAUGUUGGCAGAAAAGGGCUAAAGGAAACUGUCAACCUGGAUGAUUCUUUGGAGAUGCUGCUUCAAGCGCAAAAGCAGUUCAAGGAGUUUGAUCUUGUUGCCAGUGAAUAUUGCAAAAGGGGACAGGAAGCAUUAAAGAAGAUGGAUCGAUGGGAAGACUUUUCCUCUGUGGAUGUGCAUUCUUACAGGGUAAAGCUGCAGACCUACAGAGAUCAGCUGGAGGAGUUCUGCACUGAGCUGGAUGAAACCAGGCACCGAAUCUGUGAAACGGUCAGGCUGUACGAAUUCUUUGACAAGGCGUACGAGUGGGCCUUGGAAGGGAUGCGACACCUUGCCUGUGUCAGCAUGGAGGACUGCAGCUCCCCCGAGCACUGUGCAGAUGUGAUCAAGUGCCUGGAGAGUUACAAGGGGCAGCACCCCGACAUCAGCACUGCCCGCUUCCAGGAGAUGAAGGACUUGGCCUGUGAGCUGAAGAGUGACAAGGGGCUCAAGCAGUGGAAAUUUGCAUGGUCUAAAUGUCAGGAGACCAAGCUGGUUUUUGAAAAGAAACUCGAAGCAGCCUUGAGAACAAGGAAGUCUCUGCUGUCAGACCGCAGCCCAGCUGCUGGGGAGCAGCCCCAGGCUGGCAGCGAGGCUGGCAGUCUGUUCCACUGGAGGCACUCUGAGGGAGCCACCUCCAGGUCCCACUGGGACAGGACUUACAGUGCAUCCCACUGUUACAGCAAGUCCAACUGCUCUCUGGAGUGGACUAAGGAGAAAGUUCCCUCGCCCUCCCUGAGCUGCCCCGGUGAUGUUGGUGCUGGGGAAGAAGUUGCCAGCCAAACUGCCCUCAGCCCUGGCCCUCACUCAAGCAGAGUUUUUUUUGCCAGCGGGGCCUGUAAGUCUCCAAAGCUGCCUGAAGAACAGCCAAACCUCGAGAGCAUAUUAGAAACCUCGGAGGUGAAGCCACCCUCUGCAUCCACGCCAGUCCCUGGGAAGCUGCCUCCCAGGAGGGUGCUCCGGAAGGCCCAAAGCUUUGACCUCCCUUGCGGGGAGAGCCUGUGGUCGAGCUGCCAGAGGAGCGAGCCGGUCAGGUACGGCAACACCGGCGUCUUCAUCAAGGGGCUGGAGGUGAGCAGCACCGAGCUGGUGGACAGGACGUUCGCGCUGCGGCAGCCGGCGGCUCACAGCUGGGCUGCAGACUGCCUGCUCGAGGGGCACAGGGGCUGCCUCUCCGCCUCGGAAGCCAAGAGCUGGGGCAGCAAACUGCGGCACAUCAUCGACGAGAUGGUGACCACGGAGCGGGAAUACGUGAGGUCGCUCCGCUACAUCAUCGACAGCUACUUCCCAGAGAUGGAGCGCCUCGACCUCCCCCAGGACCUGCGCGGGAAGCGCAGCGUCAUCUUUGGCAACCUGGAGAAACUCUAUGACUUCCACAGCCAAUACUUCCUGCGGGAGCUGGAGAGCUGCUGUAACCACCCCCUGCGGGUCAGCCACUGCUUCCUGCGACACAAGGACCAGUUUGGAAUGUAUGCGUUGUAUAGUAAGAACAAGCCGAAGUCAGACUCGCUGCUGGCCAGCCACGGGAAUACCUUCUUCAAGUUGAAGCAGGUGCAGCUGGGGGAUAAGAUGGACCUGGCCUCCUACCUGCUGAAACCCAUCCAGCGGAUGAGCAAAUACGCCCUGCUCCUGAAGGACCUGAUCAAGGAGUGCAGCGAGGCUCAGGAGCAGGAGCUGGGCUAUCUCCGUGCAGCUGAGGAGAUGGUGAAGUUUCAGCUCCGGCAUGGAAAUGACCUGCUGGCCAUGGAUGCCAUCCGUGACUGUGACGUAAACCUGAAGGAGCAGGGGCAGCUGGUGCGUCAGGAUGAGUUCACCAUCUGGCUGGGCCGUAGGAAGUGCCAGCGACACGUCUUCCUCUUUGAGGAUCUGAUCCUCUUCAGCAAGCCCAAGAAGAUCCAGGGUGGCUUUGAUGUGUAUAUCUACAAGUGCUCCUUCAAGACUGCAGACAUUGGUCUGACGGAGAACUCUGGAGACAGCGGCCUGCGCUUUGAGAUCUGGUUCCGGAGGCGGAAGUCCAGCGACACCUACAUCCUCCAGGCCAGCUCAGCUGAGACUAAGCAGGCCUGGACCAGUGACAUUGCCAAGAUCCUGUGGCAGCAGGCAGCCCGCAAUAAAGAAAUCCGUAUGCAGGAGAUGGUCUCCAUGGGUGUGGGUAACAAACCAUUCCUGGACAUCAAACCCAGCGAGGCAGCUAUCAAUGACCGUGCUAUCGAUUACAUCAUGAAAGGCAGAGGUGCCAGGACCAGAGCAUCGAUCGCAGUGUCUCAGUUUGACCAUUCCAACCCAUUCAAGAGGACGCAAGCACAGCUCUCCGCUGGCAGCACCCACACUGCAUACAACCCUUCCUCCUCCUCUUCCCUGCUGGGCCCCCUCAACCUCCACAUGUAUGUGAACCAGGCUCUGCUGCCAGAAGUCCUGCCCCCCAGAUGCCCCUUUGACAUCGGCACCUGCAUUGAGGAGGAUGAGCUGGAGCACGAGACGAGCAGCCAACCGUCCCUGACAACAGAGAGCUCAGAGUCAUCGCACUGCAUGUCAGCCACUGGCUCCAGCGGCUCCGACAGCGGCUGUGUCUCCAACGUCCCACAAGAAAGCUUCUGUGAAGACAUGGGCUCGCCCCCCUACGUGCCCAUAGGCCCACAGCACAGCUCUGCAGUGGAGGGAAGACCCAGGUUCACAAACAGCCAGUACAUUUCUGCAAAAGCAGGCCAGGUCACCAAAAGUCACUCGAGAAUAGUGUGAGCCCCUCGGCCCCGCCUCAGGAAGUGGAGUUGUUGUUUGAUUGCCAUUUCAAACUCCCUGAAGACCCCAGGCCUCUGACCAGCAGAAGGAGACAGUCUUCACCCAUGAAGAUUUUUUUUGGCCCGUACUCAGGCUCUUUCAAACAGCCCAAAACCUGACCUCUGCCUGGGGGGAAGUCCCAAGAAGGUUUCUGUCAACUACACUUAAUAGCUUUGGUGUUGGAUGGGACCUUGGGCAUUCAAAACUUGUUGCCCCUAUAUUUAUGAGUAAUAAGUAACAUAACAGUUUGGAUAAAAAAAAAUGUAUUAUUUUUAAAGCUAAGAGCUGUACAGAUUUUUGUUACAAGUGACUCUGUUACUAUUUGUUGUGUAAGCUGCACAUUUUAUAAAGUUUUUGGAAGGGCAUGAAAUGAAACUGAGGUAUUUAAGAAAAGUAGUGUAACUUUCUAUUUCAGGGUUAUAUUGACCUGGACUCAAGAUGUAACGUCCUUCCUUAUGUUCUAAAUAUGUCUAUUAUAGCAAUAAUUUAUUUUCUUGGCUUAACACUUCUGUUUUAAUAAAAGCAGUUUCAUUGUUGUAGUGAAUUGUUUCUUCAGAUGGUUCUUCCAGUGCCUCAGUGCUGAGCUAAUCUCUGUCAUAACCAUCUCGCAGCUCUGCCACUCUCCCUGUGCCAUCUCUGCACUAACCAACUGCCAGCUGAACCUCGAAAUCCUCAGCACAUCUGCCAGAAAACGGGAAGAUUUCCCAGGUAGAGACUCCCCUGAUGCCAGUGGGAGGCCAAGGCAGGCUGAGGAGUUUGGAGCAGCCAGCAGGGGAAGAGGUUCUGGUGGAGGUCUGGAGGCACAGGCCACCAAAGUUCCUGGCUCUGAUUUAAGCCACUUAGCCCUUGUAGCUGCUGUCCCAGUGCAAGUCUCUCUCUCCCUGCUGGGCCAGGUCCCAGAGGCUCCAUUCAGGCUCUGUUGUGCCUUGUCCUGGCUGAGCCCCUGGUUUUGGGGUGACUGGCUGCUUGCUUCACUUCUGACUCAGCCCCUCUCCUGGUACUUCAGUCGCACGGUCGUGGCUUGUUUGAGGAGCUUUGGAUGGUGCUGGCAUCCGAGACCAACAGGUUUUGAGUGGAAAGUCUUGAUUAUAAUGCUGAACCUUAAGUGCAUGUUGUUUGAAGUAAUGCAGCAUAACUGGAGGAUAAAUGUGCCCUGUGUUCCAGGGUGGCUUAGUCACGAGUAACACCCAACUCACUGCGAGGCCGGGACACCCUCCCUGUUCUUGGAGGAAACAAAAAUUAGCAUUUUUGGAAACAGUAGUUAUUUGCUGCCAAGCUCCUGUUUACUCCUGGUUUAUGCAGGGCUAUAAAUCAGGCUCCCCCAGGUGUGAGAGGAGUGUCACAUUUGGCCUCAGGAGGAAGAUGGAGCAGUACUUUAUUCAAUAAACUGCAAUUUUCUCCCCUUGGCAGUGCAGCACUGCAGUCUGGGGUGUCACACCCCACAGCUGCCCUGGAGACAGUGUGCCUUCAGGUUUGGAAAUUCCUGUACUGUAUAUAAAACACUUGUUUAUUUUUAAUAAGCUGGAUGUUUUUUUAAAACCUUGUUCUUUUUUCAAACAGCGAAGAGAACACAGUUGGACACCUUUGCACAAAAUUGGGUGUGAAACAGUUACACAGGGAAUAUUUUACAAAUUACUGUUUUGAGAUAAUUGCUGGGUUAAUGCAAGGUUUUUGGAGCUGUCAAGACAGCAAUAGCUGAUGUUGUGAGAGGGAGAGAAUUUACUGAUGCAACAAGAGGGACAUGACAUUUCCUGAAUUUCUCAGUUUCUAAGGUUUCUGCAUUGCUGGAAAGUUGUUUACCUGAUACUGUUUUUUCAGGGUUGGAUUGAUUUAAUAAAGGUUAUUUUCUUUGUA